UCAGCUCCCUUCUUUCUCUCUACCUCGCUUCCUCUAGAAAAUGGUGAACUCGGUGAUACUCUUUUGCACCGCCGGUCUCGUAGCCGGCGCCCUCUACUUGUUCGUCUGCGUCUUAGGUCCAUCAGAUCUAAAGGGCAAACGAGCUUUAGAGCUCACCGAAGGCUCAGUCUCCGCCGAGAAAGUUCCUGAGUUCGUGGACACAUUCUACAACAUCGUCACAGACAUCUUCGAGUGGACAUGGGGACAAUCUUUACAUUCGUCACCACAUAUCCCCGGGAAAUCUAACAAAGACGCCACAAGAAUCCACGAAGAGAUGGCUGGCGAGCUCAUCAACGCGGAAUCUGGACAAAUGAUCCUCGACGCAGGUUGUGGCCUCGGUGGGCCGAUGAGAGCCAUCGCUGCCCAUUCUAGGGCCCAAAUCAUUGGAAUCACCAACAACGAGUACCAAGUGCAACGAGCCAAGCUACACAACAAGAAAGCUGGACUUGAUUCUCUCUGCAACGUCCUCUACGGUAACUUUUUAGAGAUGCCCUUCGAUGAAAACACGUUCGACGGUGCUUACUCGAUCGAAGCCACAUGUCACGCUCCUAAACUCGAAGAAGUAUACUCAGAGAUCUUCAGAGUGAUGAAACCAGGAGCUUUGUUCGUGUCCUACGACUGGGUCAAAACUGAGAAAUACAGAGACGAUGAUGAAGAGCACAAGGAUUUGAUACAAGGGCUCGAGAGAGGACACGCGAUUCCCGGACUAAGAAGCUACAAAGAUAUAGCAGCGACGGCGAUGAAAAUUGGGUUCGAGGUAGUGAAGGAGAAAGAUUUGGCUAAACCACCGUCUAAACCGUGGUGGAACCGGUUAAAGAUGGGAAGGUCUGUGUAUUGGAGAAGCCGUGUUGUGGUUGUGAUUCUUUCAGCCAUUGGUCUUGUUCCUAAAGAAACUGUUGAUGCUUAUGACUUGUUGCUUAAGAAUACUGAUUACUUGAUUAAAGCUGGUGAAACUGGAAUCUUCUCGCCGAUGCGUAUGAUUCUCUGUAAAAAACCAGAGAAAGGUUCUGAAUGAUUUGAUUUCUUCUUCUUCUUUGUUUUUUGUUCAAUUUUCUGUUUUCCCCUUUUACCUUUAAAAAUGUUUUGUUUGUCAUUGUAUUAAUAUGUUUUGGUGUUUAUUAGGGAAGCAAGAUCUUGCUUCCCUAAUAGUGUUCAAUCAAUGUGUUUUUUUUC